UCUACGUCACGCUAUUGGAGAGGUUUCCCAGAUGCCACUGCGCAGCUCAGAACGAUUCAAUUUAUGGAUGUCCGCCAUACUGGUGGGAGAGGAUCGGGCACCAAAACGGCAUUUAUGCCUAAUUUCAGGUGUUCCAGGUCGCCCCGAUGCAGUACACGGCUCCCCAGUUAAAAGAAAGACUGCUAGAAGGCAUAGAUAAUGACAACAAUGUGGUCGACAUGCCCAGGGUGCUGGAGGUCGUACACAUUCUGGAGAAAUACCCAAUCACCAAGGAUAUACUUGAGGAGACGCGCAUCGGAAAGCUGGUCAACGAUGUGCGACGAAAAACAACAAAUAAAGCCUUGGCUAAGCGUGCGAAGGAACUGGUCAAGAGCUGGCAAAAACUUCUCAGUGGUGGGUCAGAGGGCACCCCAGUGGUAAAUGGGGGCACCCAAGUGGUCAAUGGGGAUGGGUUGAGACAAACCUCUGGACUGGGGAGACAGGGUUUGAACACGCCACAAAGCCCAGCAUUCUCCCUUCCGAGUAGGUCCCCUUCCACAGCCAGUAUAAAAGGAUACGCUUCCCCAAACAACAGUGUUGAUUCUAGUCUUUCACGUGUGAGAAUACCAAGUAAACCAAACACGCCAUCAUUACCGAAUGUGAACAACAACAAAAGCUCAUCUCAUCAGCCAACUAAGAGAUCCAACACCUCUCCAUUGUUUAGUGGGGUCAUUGCUUCAAAGCGGCAAUGUAUUUCACCAAGUGUUAAUUCUCAGCCUGGUACGCCGGACAGUGUAUGCAGUCAGAAUAGUUCAGUUAACAAUGACAGACCACGGAAAGGGCGUCCUCCUUUGUCUCGAGGCUCUUCUUUUACUAGUGCUAGUGUAACAGAACCUAGAGAUUUACAAAGAACUCGAUCUGAAUUGAUUCUUGCAAAGGAGCCUCAUGGCCCCGAUUUAAGGCCAACGCAGUCUACCAGUAAUCUUGCUUCUAAGGGCAAAUCUGGUCAAAAUGGCAUGGUUGUGUCUAAUGCCCACUUCAAUGGUGGUGAAAUUUCUACCCCAACUCAUUCCAUUGAAACAAAAGGGCUUAAAACGACUAUAAGAUUUAAUAAGACCUCUCCGCCAGUACCUUCAUUGCCAGUUAACGGUAUUGUGGAAACACCAAAAAAGCGUGGAAGAGGUAGACCGCCAAAAUAUAAGCCUGUUGAUCAACAGAUUCCUCAUAGUGCAUCCAUUAGUAGUGUUAAGUCAUUUGCUGAAAAACGUAAAGCAAAAUUAGAUGUGAGAAUAGAUCUGGAAUCUCCCAGUUAUGUAAGUUUAACCCCAAAAGUAAAAAGUACUGCUGAAUUAAUACAAGAGCUACAAGCAAAAAAUAGUUUAUCUGUGAGCAAAGACACAGCUAGAAAAAUUCAGAAAAAUCUUAUUUCAAAGGAGGUAGAUGAAGACCUACAUGUACAAUCCAAUGUUCCAGAAGGUGCUAAACCAAGACAUCACAAAAAGAGAUUUGCUCCUCCAAGCACCCCAUUAUCAUUACAGCAAACAAAAAAUGAAAUGGUUGAGAAGUUCUUGGAAAGUUCUGUAACUCCAUCAGCAGGGGAAGAUUUAAGCCCUUUAAAAUACGAACCACCCAGAUCUGAAUCCCCUGGUAAUGCCUCUACAAGUUUCGAGGACAGGGAAAGUGUCGAUAGUACGCAAAAUCAUUGUGAUGAGUCCACUGUGAAAAUAAAUGGAAGUGAUUCUAAGACUGUGAUCUCCAAUUCAAACAAAACAGCCAUUGGUUCUGAGAACAAACAAAAUGGUGAAUCAAGUUCACAUGAUAAACAGCUGUCAUUAGACGAAAUUUAUAGCAAAUAUCCGCCAAUAGAUCUUGAAAACUUCGAAUACUUUGAUGAUACAUAUGAAUUACCAGAAACUCAUGAAGUGACAGAAAAUGAUGUGAACAGAUUACACAGAGAACAUUGGGAGGGUGUAAACGGGUGUUAUAACUCAUGGGGGGAGUGGCGGGAUUGGUCGCAAACUGUCAGCAAGCCCUCAUAUAAUUCCGAUAUGCUUAAUAUUCUACCAUAUGUUGUUACAGAUGACUAAACAUAGGUGUUCUAUGUAUAAGGUCAAUUGUUGAACAGAUAUCAUAAAAUCCAUGAAAAUGGCAGGUUACCUUAAUGUGCGGUUGAAAUAUCAUACAUUUACACUUGUAUUCAUUUGUUAUGGGGUUGAGGCCUUAGUCAGUAUUACAAAUUGAUUGUGUUUUCAAAAUUUAGAACUUGGAAUAGAAAUUCUUUUUGUCAAUUAAUUCUCUUCUGUUUAGAUUACUUGGUAAAUGAGCCUCAUUUGUGUAUAUAAAUGGGCUCAAACUGUUGUUCUUCAAACCUUUUAACACCAAAAUUUUCCAUUAAGUGGAAUUAAGAUGUAGGGAAAAGAUGUGAAGCAUCCGUAAUAAAAACAUGUGCCUUACCUCACAUUUUUACUAUUUAGUCUAUUUCUAAGAAUAUAAUCUGCCUGUAAUGCACUGACUGUUCCUUUUUUGCAAAAAACAUAUGCAUAUCGACGGCAGUGUCUCGGAACCUAUUUGACAUCAACUUCAAUUUGAUGAGCAUCAUGAGGUUGAUGUUAGUUAAAAAACGCAUGCCCUAUUUAAUGAAAUAUAUAAAAGGCAGAAAGAAAUAUCUGACUCUGGUACCUGGCUUCCAGACUUUCCAAGGGUUGGAUUUAUUCAUCCACGGUGCACACAGAAUUUGAAUUGCACGUUUUGAAGACAACGAUGCUUCAAAAUAUUUUUUUGUUUCUUAAUUAUUUCCAGGUUUGCAAGGUUUUGGCUUUCUAAAGAACAAUCCCUGUGAAUAAUAACAUAGGUUUAGAGCGUUCCUUGUUGUCUGUUCUUGCUCAUUUAAUUUGUACAUUAAACAAGGGAUAUAUGAAUGUUAAUUUAAAGUUCAGAUCUCUGGUAUGAGAGAAUGCCUUUCAAGGUAAAUUUGCCCUUCAGUGACGGUUAAAAAUGUUUGUGAUAUUAUAUAUUUUAGGAACAUUUUGACACUGAUCUUGGAUUUUAGCAAAGUUUUGUAUUUGUCUUUAUAUGCAGUUUUGGUUAUUAUUGUUGUUGAUUUUCACUUUUGCAUAUUUGUCAGCAAUAAUGUUCACUUCUCAAGUUUAUGUUUGCCUGUUUUCAUAGAAAACCUGACAAAGCCAUUGUUUUCCUAGUACUGUAAUUUAUUUUUAUUAAUAUUUUGCAUCAAAAUGAUUGUUCUAAAAAUAUUUCCUACUUUACAUUGAUUUUUUUGGCAUUUUUCCCCUUUUUGUAUUGAUUCUUUGUUACUAAGGCAGUGAAAGGGUUCUAUGUUCAUUUAUAGCGAGCUGUUUGAUUUAAAAGUUCAGGUGUUAAUUUUUUAAUUGUUUGGAUUUAUUUUGCAGGUUAAUUUUCAGUGCCAUUUCUGUUAAUGAAAUGUUUUGGGGGUUUUUUAGUGUGUUUUUUCAAAAAGUUUUUACUGAUCAAAAAACUGUUUUUGUAUCUACCUCUAUAACUCUAAGAAAUAAUGGAAGUUAAUGAAAUUGCUCAGAGAGAAAUAACCUGAUAUUGUAGAUUCAUAUAUGUUUUGUCAAACCUGAAAUAACAAAUCAAAAUAUCAGACAUGAUUAUUAUUUGAACAUGGCCCUUAUAUGAAUGGGCUCUUUAUUUUGAAUUGUAAUGAGUAUUGCGACUAUUUCCCUGAAUUAAUAUCCACAACAAUAUGACAUGUAGCUUUAAGUCUUGAAAUUAAUAUUUUUAUAAAUUAAAAAUUGCAUUGUGAAACACCAAGCGUUUCAAAAAAAUAGUUCUUUAACAUUUAAUUUUAUACGAUCUGCAACCACCAAAUAAUAUUCUUAGUUGGCACUUGUCCUUUUCAUGAACUUGUGUCACUGUUAAAUGCUAUGACCACAAACUUGUGCUACAAAUUUUAUCUGUGUCAUUUAGGUACAAAUCAUUUUUCAGUGUUGUUAUUUUUCUAUGCAUUAUUUUCUUACCAGAUAUGUUGUUGAAAUUAGAAAUAGUUUGGAAGUAAAUAAAUCAUUAUUAAUUAAGAAAGUCUGUGAGUUAAUUCUAUAAUUGUGUUUGAAAUAUGUUCAACAAAAUAUAAGUAUGUGGUGUAUACUUAACUUGAUUAUAUUGAUUGUUAAGCUGCAAGCUGUGUUGUUUUCACUGUAUGGUAUUCCAUUGUAAAUUUACAUCAACAUCAUUUUUGCUGUGGCACUUGAUUUUGGGCCUUUUGACAUAAACAUUCCCUGUUUAAUUGAACUAGCAACCAAGGUGACAAAGAAAACGUGAUGUUAAAAGUUAUAGUAAAGUUAUAUAAUCAAAGAUUUGUCGCUUUAUUUGGUGUUCAUUUUGACAGCAUGCCAAAUAAUUUUGUUCAUCAUUAUGGUUUUAAAGAUUGAAAAUCAUCUCUUUUAAACACAAUUGAAGACAGGUUUGAUUAUAAAUAUUUUAAGAUAAUCAGACCUUAGAAUAAAACAUUGCUAUGGAGACAUGGGUAAAGGAAUUGUGAAGCACUUGAGAAAAUGGUUUGACAUUAACAAAAUUGUUUUUUAAAUAAAUUUGCUAUUGAUUAUGUGAAAGAUUGUCUGAAAGCCCAAAAUUGUGUGUUACGGAUCAUUUCUGAGAGGAAGUUUCGAUGUACUUGAACUUGAAAAGUAGGGGAGCAAGUGGUUAUUUUGUAAAUGUACAGUUUUAUUUUAUUUAUUUCAUGUUAAUACUUGCAAUUCUAUUACAUUUAUAUGUACAGUCAUGCUGCUAAGUAAAUUCUGAAAAGAUA